UGGUUGAGGUUACUGUGGGUUGGUAAUAUUGUGAUGAGUGAGAGAGUGAGAGUGAGAGUGUGUUAUUGGAGAGAAAAAAUGAAGUUGUUUUGUUUGUAUAAAGACAUGCUAUUUGUCGUUGAUUGGGUGUAAAGAAUAUCAUCACUAUGAAGUGUAUGCAAAUACCCUUUCUGUUUUUGUAGACAAAAAGUAAAAGAAAAGUUAUUCUUAGUUGACACCAUUCAUCACUAAGCUGAGUGUUUGUGUGUCAUUUUGACGCAGAAAGAAGAAUCUUUAGUGUCUCUCUCAUUUCCUAACUAACCAUUCAUUCAAUUCAAGGGUAGGAAAUGCACACCUUCUGCUUCAUUUAACUUGUAAAUACUUUCUUCCUUUCUUCUUCCUUUUCUUCAUUCAAUUCUCACUGUUAUUAAUCUACAAUAUUUUCUCAAUUUGUUAUUAUUUCCGGACUGUGAGCAAUCAAUAUAAGCCUGCUUGAAGCAGAAAAAUGGUUUCAAGGUCAUAUUCCAAUUUGUUAGAUCUUACUUCAUGUGGCUCACCUUGUUUCAGUCGUGAGAAGAAAAGGCUUCCUAGAGUGGCAACUGUUGCUGGAGUACUGUCUGAAUUAGAUGAUGAAACCAGUAACAGUGUUGGUUCUGAUGCUCCCUCUUCUAUUUCUCAAGAGAGGAUGAUUAUUGUUGGUAACCAGCUUCCAUUAAAGGCACAAAGAAAAGAGAAUAAUGGUAUGUGGGAAUUCACCUGGGAUGAGGACUCACUUCUUUUACAGCUGAAAGAUGGUCUUGGUGAUGAUGUUGAAACAAUUUAUAUUGGUUGUCUUAAAGAAGAAAUUGAUCCGAGUGAACAAGAUGAUGUUGCUCAGUACUUGCUUGACAAUUUCAAAUGUGUGCCAACAUUUCUUCCACCUGAACUUUUCACUAAAUUCUAUCAUGGUUUUUGUAAACAACAUCUAUGGCCUUUGUUUCACUAUAUGCUUCCGCUUUCGCCUGAUCUUGGUGGUCGAUUCGAUCGAUCCCUUUGGCAGGCUUAUGUUUCUGUCAACAAGAUAUUUGCAGAUAAAGUUAUGGAAGUCAUUAGUCCUGAUGAUGACUUUGUUUGGGUUCAUGAUUACCACUUGAUGGUUCUUCCAACAUUUUUGAGAAAGAGGUUUAAUAGGGCUAGGCUAGGAUUCUUCCUCCAUAGUCCUUUUCCUUCUUCUGAGAUAUACCGAACACUUCCGGUUAGGGACGAACUUCUUAGAGCUCUUCUGAAUUCUGACCUUAUAGGGUUUCAUACUUUUGACUAUGCUAGGCAUUUCCUCUCGUGUUGUAGUAGAAUGCUAGGGAUUGCUUAUCAAUCAAAACGAGGCUAUAUCGGUCUCGAGUACUAUGGAAGAACCGUUAGCAUUAAGAUUCUUCCUGUUGGUAUUCAUAUAGGUCAGCUUGAAUCAGUCAUGAAUCUUCCUGAGACAGAAACCAAGGUUGCUGAGUUAAGAAACAAGUUCAAAGGUCAAACUGUGAUGCUUGGUGUGGAUGACAUGGAUAUCUUCAAAGGAAUCAGCUUAAAACUAUUGGCCAUGGAACAGUUGCUUCUACAACAUGCUGAUAAGAGGGGAAAAGUUGUUCUGGUACAAAUUGCGAACCCUGCUAGAGGUCGCGGAAAGGACGUUCAAGAAGUGCAGUGUGAAACUUAUGCAACUGUGAAAAGGGUUAAUGACACAUUUGGUAGGCCUGGAUACACACCUGUGAUAUUGAUCGAUACGCCACUUCAGAGUUACGAGCGAAUCGCUUAUUACGCAGUUGCAGAAUGUUGUCUUGUUACAGCAGUGAGAGAUGGAAUGAACCUUAUACCCUAUGAGUAUAUCAUUUGUAGACAAGGGAAUGAGAAGAUAGAUGAGAUUUUAGGAAUAAACUCAACUAUCCAAAAGAAGAGCAUGCUAGUGGUUUCUGAGUUCAUCGGGUGCUCCCCAUCCUUAAGCGGCGCAAUUCGGGUGAAUCCAUGGAAUAUUGAUGCUGUUGCCGAAGCUAUGGAUUCUGCCUUAAUGGUACCAGAGUCUGAAAAACAAAUGAGGCAUGAGAAGCAUUAUAGGUACGUUAGUACACAUGAUGUUGCAUAUUGGGCUCGUAGCUUCUUGCAGGAUCUUGAAAGGGCUUGUAGGGAUCAUCUGAGGAGAAGAUGUUGGGGAAUUGGUUUUGGUUUAGGAUUUCGAGUAAUCGCUUUGGAUCCAAACUUUAGAAAGCUGUCUGUGGAACAUAUUGUUUCGGCUUAUAAGAGGACGAAGCACCGAGCAAUUCUUUUGGAUUAUGAUAGUACAAUGGUGCAGCCUGGAUCAAUUAGUACAACACCUAAUGCUGAAGCUGUUUCCAUCUUGAACAGCUUGUGCAGUGACACCAAGAAUUGUGUUUUCAUUGUUAGUGGAAAGGAGAGAAAGACUCUUACUGAAUGGUUUUCUUCUUGUGAAAAGCUUGGACUUGCUGCAGAGCACGGCUAUUUUGUGAAGACAAGUCAUACUGCAGAAUGGGAAGCUUGUGUUUCUGUGCCUGAUUUUGACUGGAAACAGAUUGCUGAGCCAGUUAUGCAGUUAUAUUCAGAAACUACUGAUGGUUCUAACAUAGAGGCCAAAGAGAGUGCUCUUGUUUGGAAUUAUGAGUUUGCAGACCGAGAUUUCGGUUCAUGUCAAGCUAAGGAGCUUCUUGAUCAUCUGGAAAGUGUUCUCUCCAAUGAGCCUGUUUCAGUUAAAAGUGGCCCAAACAUUGUUGAAGUUAAACCUCAGGGUGUGAGCAAGGGUAUAGUAGCAGAACGUAUUCUAAUAACAAUGCAACAAAAGGGAGUGAUUCCAGAUUUUGUUCUAUGCAUUGGAGAUGAUAGAUCAGAUGAAGAUAUGUUUGGGGUAAUAACAAGUGCAAGGGCAUUACUAUCACCCAUUGCAGAUGUUUUUCCUUGCACUGUUGGUCAGAAACCAAGCAAGGCUAAAUAUUACUUGGAAGACACAAGUGAGAUUUUGAGGAUGUUGCAAGGUCUUGCCAAUGCCUCUGAGCAAACUGCUAGUAGAAAUUCUUCCCAGUUUUCUAUUCAUUAAGCUUUUCUAAUCUGUGUAGGAAACAUAUAUUAAUAUGUUAUUGGCUUAAUUGUAGUAUUUGUGAAUACUUGGUUGGUUAUAUUUUGUUGAAUUUCUUGAUCUAUUUUUAUUUUAUGGCUAACUUGCCUUCAUUGAUUAUAAGAUGUUAUCCAAUGUGCAAAGUUAUUAUAUCAUAUCCCAAUGUUGUUGCAA